UUCGUCCGGCCAGAUUCCUGACGGACUCCACCAAAACUCGGUCGCCAACCUCAUACAUAUAGGGGUGGAAUCGCGUUUGGUUCCAUUUCUAUUUUAGAUUUGACUGCCAGCCGAGGUGCGCAUCGGUUCAAGUGGGUUAAGGGAACUUCAGUCGGGUUAAAGCUUUCACACACGCUGUCAGUGAUGGGUCCAAAAUUUUAAGUUUUCCAACACUUGUCAAUAAUUCGAACCCCUACGAAAUCAAAACACAUCCCGCCGCGAGGUAGAAAUGUCGCUGUUGAAGGUGCUGAAGUCGUCCAACCUCAUCCGGGGCCACACCGCCCUCCGGUGGUGCCGCCAUUGUGGCUCCCUGCCGCGCUACGACUACGACCUGGUGGUGCUCGGCGGAGGCUCGGCGGGCCUGGCCUGUGCCAAGGAGGCUGUGGACUGCGGCGCUCGCGUGCUCUGCUUCGACUACGUGAAGCCCACGCCUGUCGGCACAAAGUGGGGCAUCGGCGGCACCUGUGUCAACGUGGGAUGCAUCCCCAAGAAGCUGAUGCACCAGGCCUCGCUGCUGGGCGAGGCAGUGCACGAGGCGGUGGCCUACGGCUGGAACGUGGACGACCGGAACCUCCGACCCGACUGGCGCAAGCUGGUGCGCUCCGUGCAGAACCACAUCAAGUCGGUCAACUGGGUGACGCGCGUGGACCUGCGCGACAAGAAGGUGGAGUACGUCAACUCCAUGGGUGCCUUUGUCGACGGCCACACCAUUGAGUACGCCGCAAAGUCAGGCCAAGACGUCGACAGGCGACAGGUGACCGCCAAGUACGUGGUGGUGGCGGUAGGGGGAAGGCCACGCUACCCGGACAUCCCCGGCGCCGUUGAGCUGGGCAUAACGAGUGACGACAUCUUCAGCUACGAGCGGGAGCCAGGACGCACGCUCGUGGUGGGCGCAGGGUACGUUGGCCUGGAGUGUGCCUGCUUCCUCAAGGGCCUCGGAUACGACCCCACGGUGAUGGUCCGCUCGAUCGUGUUGCGCGGCUUCGACCGCCAGAUGUCCGAGCUUCUGGCCGCCAUGAUGGCCGAGCGCGGCGUUAGCUUCUUGAACACCACCAUUCCCAGUUCUGUGGAGCGGCAGGCGGACGGGCGGCUGCUGGUGCGGUACCGCAACACGACAACGCAGACUGACGGCAGCGACGUCUUUGACACUGUGCUGUGGGCCAUCGGGCGACGGGGCCUGACCGACGACCUGAAUCUUGGGGCCGCCGGAGUUAAGACCCUGAAUGACAAGAUCGUCGUUGAUGGAUCGGAGGCCACCAAUGUGCCCCACAUCUUUGCCGUCGGCGACAUCAUUCACGGGCGACCCGAGCUCACACCGGUGGCCAUCCUGUCGGGCCGCCUGCUCGCAAGACGCCUGUUCGCCGGCUCCACGCAGCUGAUGGACUACGCAGACGUGGCCACGACGGUUUUCACUCCUCUGGAGUACUCCUGCGUCGGUAUGUCCGAGGAGUCGGCGAUUCAGCUGCACGGUGCCGACAACAUAGAGGUUUUCCAUGGCUACUACAAACCCACCGAGUUCUUCAUCCCCCAGAAGAGCGUGCGCCAUUGCUAUCUAAAGGCAGUGGCAGAGAUGACGGGAGACCAGAGGAUCCUGGGCCUCCACUACAUCGGCCCAGUGGCCGGCGAAGUCAUCCAGGGCUUUGCCGCGGCGCUCAAGUCGGGCCUCACGGUCAAGACCCUGCUUAACACGGUGGGAAUCCACCCGACAACCGCCGAGGAGUUUACGCGACUCUCUAUCACCAAGCGCUCGGGUCGCGACCCCACACCUGCCUCUUGCUGCAGCUAAGAGGCUCUACGCAGAAGAACAUGUUAAAUUAUUAUAAAUAAAGUUAAAGUACUCGUUUUA